AUGAAUCUAGCCUCUCCGGUUCUGUUGGACCCUAGGUUCCGGUACUUGCGUUGGACAACGACUAUAUCACAUCACUCUUCGGUCAGUCCAAUUCAGUCAUUCAGCAAGGACAAUACAAGGUCCAAGCUCAUCUCUCAGUCGUCUGAUGUACGUAGCAGCCGAUUGUCAUUGAGGAUGCUAGUUAGCGUUCUAAUCAGUCAAUGUCGUUCUCAGACCAAAGCCACAAUGGGCAACCGACUCGGUGGCGAGGCUACCGCCAUGUCCGACUUACCAGAAGACGGCCUCGACGCUGAGAAACACACCGCUCACAACCAUGGCGAUCUCUGUCCCACCCGGAGUCGUCGCAAACCCAAACACCGCUGA